AUGCUGCCUUUGAAAUCUGUUCCAGCUGUCAUAGGAUGGCUGUGGACAUGGAGGCUACGUAGCGAAGCUGUUGAGGCCGCUGACUUUGCUGGCCUGGAAACGGCCUCGUUGGGUUCGGCCUUCCUAUCCACAAGCCAGCUGGUUAAUGAGGGAUCUCUAGAUGCCGAUGAAGAAACCAGGGCCCUAUUAGGCGCUCCUGUGUUGACGGACAUCACAGACAUCCCGCCACUGCAGGCUGAGUUCGAGUUUCCGGGCCCACAGAGCACAAGCCUUGUCCUAGAACCAGGCGAUCUUCCCAGCGUUGAUGGAGUCCAGUUUAAAGAAACUCCUCCAGUGCCUGCUCCCCACAUCGGCAAAGAUAGACGACGUGGCCUCCGCCCACCCCUCAGCACCCUUAUCCUGUUUCUUGUUUGUUUGGGGCUUUUCACAACCCGCGCUUUCAAAGUGAGGGCGGGACGAAAAACCACAGCAGUCUUUUCCCUGCAGCAGCAACCCCAGAAGCCCCAGCAGCAACAGCGGGGCGGCGAGGCAGGCUCCAGAGAAAGACAACAACUGGAUGAACAGGAGAAGCUGCUGCCUCUGGCGACCCACCUGGCUGAAACCGUUGGUAUCGAUGAGUCUCUUGCUGUACUAUGCGACUUUAGAAGCAGUGUACAAAGAGCAAAACAGGUUCAACGAAGCCGCUUAGGGGAAUCUGCGGUCUCCUUGGAGUCACCUGAGAUUCCUAUGAAGCAAGCCCUGGACAAAGGGGUUUCUGCUCUGUCUCGUCUGUAUGAAGUGGCUCGGCAACGUGGUCUUUCUUUGGCUGAGAAGACCAGAAGAAUCAAUGGUUUCUCAGUCUUCUCACAAGAAGAGCUGCAAGCCGUGGGCGGGUAUUUGGGUUCCGCAUUCGCAGGCAUGUUGGAAUUUCAUUUGGAUAGUCUUCGUUCUUCUUUAGACGCUUUUGGCAGAGAGGUAGAGAUGAUGGAGAAUGAUCUGAAACGGCUGAGGAGGUUCGAAGGGACGCAGGACCGUCGCUUGCUGGCUGCUCUUGUUGCAGAUGUGGAGUUUAUCAGGGCAGCAAAUGAGGCCGUAGAGAAGCUAAAUCGAUUCGCUAUGGACUUGAAGUCCGCAGUGGCUACUGCACUGGUGUCGCACUUCCGGAGGGAGCAGACGUGCAUGCACCGGAAGUGUCGAGACCUGUUAGAGGAGCAACGAGUCCUGUGCAGGGUGGAGAGACGGCGGCAGCUGUCUAUGUCCGAUGGAGGCACCGCUGCCCUGGAGAAGCUCGACGCAUUGGAUGAGGAAUUAUGCAGAGCGGGGCAGAUUCUGGAAAUAUACCGUGACAAGAUCGAACAAAUCGAGAGGGGAGAUGAUAUCCUGUCCGCAAAUGCUCUGCGGCAGCAGGCAAACGCCGUGGGACAGGGCCUCAACGCCUUGCUGGAAGCGGUGGACAGCCGCCGAACUGAGAUUUCCGGAGUCGCAGGAGCACAGGAGGCCGCUGAGCACGAAGAGGUGCAGCGCGUCUUGCAUUCUCUGACAACAAGAGCCAGUCAAGAAGCCGCCACACUCGCCGAUGUAGUGAAAAGCAUGCAGCAUGAGGUGAAGAUGCGACAGACCGUCGCGCCUCCCUUUUUAUGGAUGCGACGGAACCACGGGCGCAAAGACACCGAGACAAAUUCCCUUAUUAAUCCUUCCGUGGAAGCGAUGUUGACGGACUGGCUCCAGCAAGUAGCAGACAACGCAGAGGUGGUAGCGAGCCAAGCUGCCAGUGCAGCGGCAGGGACCGGUGAGGCCAACAGUGGCUCAGGGGCAUCUGAGGCGCUGCUCGACGCAAACCGCGCUUGUAUGGUAGCAGAAGCCCUGAGACAGGAGGCAGAGCUGUUGGGGCUGCGUGCGCAGCUCAUAGCAUCCCUGGAAUUUGACAUGCAGGUUAGCGACAUUUUGGCUCAAAGAGCAGCAGCAGCUACAGGAGCAGCCACAGAGGAGGAGGAAGAGCAGCAACACUGGCGUGUCCUUGUGUCUCCCCAAGAAUCCCUGCAGGUCCGAGGUCUGCUCGAGCAAAUGAAAGAGGCGAAAGAGGAAGCGUUGACGGAGCGCGGCUUGAGGGCCCUGGCAGUGGCAGCAGCAACUAUGAAGGUGGCAUCUUUUGGGCUCAUAUCAAUUGUCCAUGGCCACGAAAAGCAAUGA